GCAAUCUAUCGAGCGUAUAAAAAGCCCCAGGAGGGGACAGCUGGAAUCCCGUGCCCAAGCUCAGUGUUCGCUCGAGGAAAGAAAUCAACAGCCAGCUGAUUGUCCGACCAUCACAACGUCCAAUCGUUUAAACAAACACACAACAUCCAUACAGUGGCACAUGCGUCGCCAUGACAAGCACGACAACAUACCUCAUUACCGGUGCCAACCGCGGCAUCGGACGAGGAUUAGCUGAGCAUAUCCUUUCUCGGCCCAACACCACUCUCAUCGCGCUGGUCCGCAAUCCUGAAGACAAAACCGUCAAAUCGCUGCGAUCGGCGGCAGCAGGAACGACGGCCAAGCUCAUCGUCCUCCCUUAUGAUGCGACCGAUCACCAUGCAGCAGAGAAUGCGGUGGCUAUAGCCCAGCGGGAUCACGGCAUUGCCCGCCUUGACGUGGUGAUUGCCAAUGCGGGGGUCUUAGGCUGGCGCGGACCCACAGUUGAGACUCCCCCGGAAGAAAUCCUCAAGCAUGUCACCGUCAACACCAUCGGGCCGUUGCGUCUGUUCAGAGCAUGCCUGCCUCUCAUGCAGCGGGGUGGUAAAACUGAUAUCGAGGAAAAAGGUGGCCACGAGAAAGGGGAACCACCGGCGAAGUUCAUCGCCAUCAGUUCCGCCAUCGGUUCUACCGAGCGCCUGCCUCAGUUUCACGCAGCUCAGACUGUGCCCUAUGGGUUGAGCAAGGCCGCGCUGAACCAUACUAUUCGGAAACUCAGUGUGGACUAUCCGGACCUCAUCAUCGAGCUGUUCACACCAGGUCCUGUGUCGACGGAUCUGAUGCGGGACUUUUCCAGCGUCCUUCAGGCCGCGCUGAAGGCAAAUCCACAGUUAGCAGACCAGUUCAUGCCGCUAGACAAGGUGACCGAGGGGUUGCUGGCGUUGAUCGACACGGCAACCAAGGAAACUAGUGGUGGGUUUCGCGACUGGAAAGGAGAGGUUAUACCGUGGUGAAGCAGUUGGAGCGAAGGAAGCUGAAGAACCUCGCAGAGGAAAUGGUCGUCCGAGGAGCAUCUGAGGUUGCCCGGCGUAGGGAGCAAAAAACAUCAUCAGUCAGGAUAGUCGAUAUCCCAUUUAAUCUCGCAAUGUUCCC